AAUUUCGAUAACUGACAAAGAUCGAUAGCCAUCUGCGUUUCGUUCGCCACUAAGGCUUGCUUUUCAAAUCAAACGGUAAAUUCUGGCGGCGCCAAGCAGGCAUUGACUCCAAUUUCGCAUCGAUUACGAGAGUACUGUCUACGUUUGUCUACAGUUUCACCGACACAUUCAGCGUGCUAACACGCUCGACAAAUUCUCGUGCUCGCGUUUCGUUAGGGAACGAUAAAAAUUGUGUAAAAAUUCAGUAAAGUGAAUUUCCAUUCGAAAAAGCCAGCACACGCAUUCAAAAGGGCAAAGGUACAAAGUUUCACACAUUUCAUCGCAGCAGCAAACAUCUAAACUUUUAAAGAAAAAACACAAAACUCAAAAAAAAAAAAAAAAUGAGUAAGGCGGAUUCUAACUCACGACAGGGCUCCUACAAGGCCAACAGCAUUAACACGCAGGACUCACGCAUGCGCCGCCAUGAGGUGACCAUCGAGCUGCGCAAGUCCAAAAAGGAGGACCAGAUGUUCAAGCGGCGCAACAUCAACGACGAGGAUCUAACGUCGCCGCUCAAAGAGCUCAAUGGCCAGUCGCCGGUGCAGCUGUCCGUGGACGAGAUAGUGGCGGCCAUGAACAGCGAGGAUCAGGAGCGCCAGUUUCUGGGCAUGCAGUCUGCCCGCAAGAUGCUCAGUCGGGAGCGCAAUCCACCCAUCGACCUGAUGAUCGGCCAUGGUAUUGUGCCCAUUUGCAUACGCUUCCUGCAGAAUACCAACAACUCAAUGCUGCAGUUCGAGGCCGCUUGGGCGCUUACCAACAUCGCCUCUGGCACAUCCGACCAAACGCGCUGCGUUAUCGAACACAAUGCUGUGCCGCAUUUCGUGGCUCUGCUCCAGUCCAAGUCCAUGAACCUGGCCGAGCAGGCAGUCUGGGCUCUGGGCAACAUUGCCGGCGACGGAGCCGCCGCCCGCGACAUUGUCAUCCACCACAACGUAAUUGACGGAAUCUUGCCACUGAUCAACAAUGAGACACCGCUCUCUUUUCUGCGCAACAUCGUCUGGCUGAUGUCCAACCUGUGCCGGAACAAGAAUCCAUCGCCGCCAUUCGAUCAGGUGAAGCGGCUGUUGCCCGUCCUGUCGCAGCUUCUGCUUAGUCAGGACAUCCAAGUGCUGGCCGACGCCUGCUGGGCUUUGUCCUACGUCACGGACGACGAUAACACCAAGAUCCAGGCUGUGGUCGACUCGGACGCAGUGCCGCGCCUGGUCAAACUGCUGCAAAUGGACGAGCCGAGCAUUAUUGUGCCCGCCCUGCGCAGCGUUGGCAACAUUGUGACUGGCACAGAUCAACAGACUGACGUUGUAAUUGCAUCUGGAGGUUUACCAAGGCUGGGACUCCUUCUACAGCACAACAAAAGCAACAUUGUGAAGGAGGCUGCCUGGACGGUCAGCAACAUCACAGCAGGUAACCAGAAGCAGAUCCAGGCUGUGAUUCAGGCCGGCAUCUUCCAGCAGCUGCGCACCGUGCUGGAGAAGGGUGAUUUCAAGGCUCAAAAAGAGGCUGCCUGGGCGGUGACAAACACCACGACAUCUGGCACUCCCGAACAGAUCGUCGAUCUAAUUGAGAAGUACAAAAUAUUGAAGCCUUUUAUCGAUUUGCUGGACACAAAGGAUCCGCGUACCAUCAAGGUGGUGCAGACGGGCCUAUCCAAUCUGUUUGCCCUGGCGGAGAAACUUGGUGGCACCGAGAACCUAUGCUUGAUGGUCGAGGAGAUGGGCGGUCUAGACAAGCUGGAAACUCUGCAGCAGCACGAGAACGAGGAGGUCUACAAGAAGGCCUACGCCAUCAUUGACACAUACUUCAGCAACGGCGACGACGAGGCCGAGCAAGAGCUCGCACCUCAGGAGGUCAACGGAGCCCUCGAGUUCAAUGCCACCCAGCCCAAGGCUCCCGAAGGUGGCUACACGUUCUAAUCGCCCACCCCACACAUUCCAAACUCCGCUCACACGCCUUACAAACAACUACACCUUCGACCGCGCUCACACACUAUGCCAUUGUCAAACAUACGCAUACUCAUCAUCACAUCUUACAAACAUUCCCAAACACUUUGGAGGUAUGCAUGGAAACACAGGCGAAUGCAUUAGCUUAAAGUCAUAAUUGAAUCGGGUUGGCAAAAUCCACUCGCAUGAAUCCCCAUUUAACAUACCCGUAUUCCUCGCGUUAGACUAGACUUCACAGAUUGCAGCAUGGAUCUUUCUGGCAGUGUUCCUCGUUCACGAUGCAACCGCUCGGGCAGCUGCGCUGGCUGGGAUCCGUGGAUCAUAGUAUUUCCAGAAUCCGUCUGUACAGGGGGCACCUUAUGUUUGCGUGUACUAGGCUUUUUAUUGGAUACGUUUCGAGCUCAUUUCGGAUAUAUUUUAGGCUGUUUAGUAUUUAUUUAUGUAUACAGGAAACGCUUUUAAUCCUCCACCUUCGCGCAAGCAUUACAACAACAACAACAACAACAACAACUCAUUCCCUUCACACCAGUGUCCUCAUUCCCGAAUCGCAUGUUUAUAUUCAAAGUUGUCAAUAAAUAAUGAAUUGUUUGAAUGAUUAAUU